AUGCCACAAGAUGUGACUCAUCCACCCGGUGACCUGGGAGUGUCGGUUCUUGUCAACCGAACGAACCCCAAUACGGUCGCCCAAAUCAACCGAUCCUUGCGACGGUACGGACUCAACGAGUACGCAUCGGACUUGGUGUCGGUUCGGAGGCGACUGCCAGAUGUUCGGGAUCCAUGGUGUUUGGAGCCGAACCGGUUGCUUUCGGUGCUUCCUGCCACCUCGGUCGUGAUUGUGUUCUACAAUGAAUUAUGGUCGGUCCUGGUACGUUCCGUGCACUCGGUGCUCGAUAGGACCCCGCCCCAUCUGCUACGCGAGAUCAUCCUUGUAGACGAUGGAUCACACUUUCCGUUCCUUAAGACACCGCUUGAGGAAUACUUUCAACAGUACGCGAAGGUGAAAAUCCGUCGGACAAAGCAACGGUUGGGUUUGAUUCGAGCGCGAAUGUUCGGCGCCAAGCAGGCCUCGGCGGAGAUUCUAACCUUUCUCGACGCCCAUGUGGAAUGCACGAAGGGUUGGAUUGAACCACUGCUGGAUCUGGUGGCUCGGAACUCCACCACGAUCGCUAUCCCCACGAUCGAUCGUAUCGAUGAGAUUGAUAUGCAAUUUAAAACCAAAGACUCGCUCCUGCAGGCGGGUGCGUUCGAAUGGGACCUCAACUUUGGCUGGUGCGAUCGGAAUCUUCUGCACAAGCGUUACGCCCAUCGUUCCGAGCCGUUCGAAACGCCGGCCAUGGCCGGUGGCCUGUUUACGAUCAAUCGGGGGUUCUUCGAGCGGCUCGGUUGGUACGACGAAGGUUUCCUCAUCUACGGACUGGAAAACAUUGAGCUGUCGAUGAAGUGUUGGAUGUGCGGAGGCACCCUUCUUACCGUGCCGUGUUCGCGGGUCGGCCACAUCCAGAAGUGGACCCAUCCGUAUCUGUUCAACUUAACGGUGGAUGUCGAACUGUACAACUCCGUCCGCCUCGCCGAGGUGUGGAUGGACGAGUACCGCCAGGUCGUGCUGGAUGUCAACGGUGUCCGACGCUACACAGAGAACCUCUUCGGGUCGGUUAGCGACCGGAAGCGUGCAAGGGAGCGUGCCAACUGUAAACCCUUCCGGUACUACCUCGAGCGUGCCUUUCCGGAGCUCAAAUCUCCCGCCAUCUUAGGUCAGUUUCGGGGUGAGGUGCGCAAUGUUGCCCUGGGAAACAACUUCUGUCUCGCCGUGGGACGACUUGUGGGUAGUGUUCCGCAUAUGUCCCAGUGUGACGGGCGGGAGGAACAGUACUGGAGCCAUAGCUACUUUCAGGAUAUCAACUCAUACAAGAAGUGUUUGGAAUAUUCAGGAACACACUUGGGAGCAAUCACUUGCCAUCGGAGACGAGGCAACCAGGAGUGGAUGUACGUGUAUGAAACGGGACAAAUUUGGAGCACGAAACACAACCAAUGCUUAGCGGUGCAAGCGGCACAAAAUGACUCACUCAUGAUGGAAGAGUGUAACGUAACCAGCAAAUAUCAGCAGUGGCGAGUUAAUCAGGUAGAGUAUGAGUUUUUGAAGAAAAACUAG